CCAAGCCGGGGUUUCCAAGGCCAGACCCGACUCCCCAAUGAGGAGAGGAAGUUUUGGAGGCGGCCCUUCCCCUUGCAGGCUCCUCCCCCUCCUAGCCCCCCCUUCCGCUGGGCUGCCCGGUUUCCUCUCAAGAGAGUAAUGACUUCCUGUUGCUCUGGCAUCCUCCCCGCCAAGAACAGGUAGUCUGGGUCCCUCGGGAGCCCAGGUGCCCAGCUUCCCAUCUCCAGUCUCCCGGGGGUCCCGGUGCCCAGCCAAGCCCCUCCCUGGGGACCCGGGCAGCCAAGCCCCUGCUCUCUCUCCCCACUGGGACCUGGGGGACCCGGGCACCCAGCCCCUGCCCCUCUGUCCUCUUCGGGCGCUGCGGACCCCGUGCCCCUGUCCCUCUCUGGCCCUCUCCUGAGGUUGGGGGAGGGCCCAUCAAGGAUCCCUGUGACCCAGCCCCCCUGCCCAGGUCCGUGAGGGGCCUUGGAUCCCCCCUGGCCCCGGAGGAUGCAGUCAGCUGAGGAUUCGGGAGCCAGACGUCCUCAGGAGGGGGAGAGGCUCCCGGAGCUGACGCUCCGCCUGAUGAGGACUCGGGGUCUGUGGCACAUCCCCGACCUAGACGCCCGGAGUGCUCUCGACAUCCUGGCCCUGCAGCCCCCCGGGAGUUUCCUAGUCACCGGCUUCGGCCUGAGCCUGGCCCUGACCAUGAGUACGGCCCCCCACCUGGAGGCCCUGGGAACCUUCCGGAUUCUGGAGAGCUCUGCGGGAGUGACCCUUCAAGGCUCCCGGCUCAGCUUCCCAGGCCUGCCGGCCCUGCUGGCCUUCCUCUGCACCAGCAGGGACAUCCUGCCCCAGCCCCUGAUCCUCCCCCCCGGAUCCCUGGGGCCCGGAGCUGCUGCUGGCAAGUCUCCCCCCAGCCACGGGGCAUGGCCUGGGCCCCCGGACCCUCCCAUCCGCUCUGGCUCCCCCCCCUCCAAGCUGCCCUGGAUGGGCACGGUCCAGGUCACCUGUGCCAGAGGGGCCCUUUCGGUGCUGAACCCCCUGUACCUGAGGUGCCAUGAGCCCCAGGGGGUCGGGGAGAAGAACCCAGAGAUGGCACAGAGGGAUUCCCUGGCCCCUCAGCCUGUGGGCUCCCACCGGGUCUCUUGGAUAGAGGGGGCUCCCUGUCCUGAGCCUGAGCCUGAGGUGCGCUGCCUGCACAGCCUGGAGGAAGGGGAGGACGGGCUGGUGGAGGGAGAAGCCAUGGUGGAGGCCGCUGUGUGCUGGGUGCUCCUGAGGGUCAGCUUGGGCCAAGCUGGUCCCCGGGGCCAGUCUCCCAGUCCAGUGGGCCCAGGGGGAGGGAUGCAGGCCUGGGCGCUGCAGGAGGCCCCUCGCCCGGAAGCCCCUGGGCCCAGCCCCCGGGCCGAUCCAGGUCCGCCUCCCCGGCCUGCCCCAAACAACCCCUGGGGGCCCACUUCCUGCCCCCGACCCGAGACCCGUGGGGUCCGGACCGAGGCCACCCAGCUGGAUGUGGAGUUCCUGAUGGAGAUCCUGGACCCCGCGGAGCUCCUGGGGGAGGAGGGGGGCGGGGGGCCCCCAGAGCCUCACCCGUUGGGGACCCAGGCCUUAUAA